UCUUUUCACGCCCGCCCACCCUCGGAAGGGAAGACGCACUCGAACGCCGGUGGACUUCCCGAUGGAAGCCCUGGAGCCAGGUGAGGCGAUCGAAGGCAUUGAGGCCAUCGAUGGACAAGAACUACAGUUCUUCCUGAUUGAUGAGAUACUAAUCCACAUGCCAGUCACCUUGUCCUGUACUGAGGACUUCUUCUAUGAAGAGGAUGAUCUAGAGCUUCUGGAAAAACCUCGAGAUGCUGUAGCAGCACAGCAGCAGCACGAUCACGGACAGCGCUCUGAAGCGUUGGGCCCAGUGGCGUCCCCAAAGCGACCCCGCUGGAGUGUGAGCGUGCAGCGCCUGGAUGUGGUGGUCAAGGGAGGCCCCGAGGAGAGCAUCAACACUUUGAAGAGAAGAAGCGCUUGGUCAGACCGUGCCUGGAGCUGCCUGGGAGCGUGCAUCGCAAGCCCAAGGAGUGUGAGGGCCUACACUGGACGUUGCCGGAGCUGCCCAAAGGCCGGAGGCCCACUGGCCUGGCGGGGCGAGAAGAGCAUCGCUUUCCCCCGCUCCCUGGGCAGGACUCGGAGUGCUGGGAGAGGAUCAGGGCAACAGCCCCGAAAAAGAUCCAAAAAAUUGAAACACAGGAAACUGUGUUUGUUUAUUUUUUUAUUUAUUAAAUAUAUCAUAUAAAUAUAGAAUAUUUAUAGGUGUGCUAUAUAUAUAUGUGUGUAUAUAUAUAUAUAUUUGUGUGUAGAUGCCAGCGGUAUCCAGCUGCUGGACAGGUAUGUUGAAGUCUCAAGUUGUUGCGAUGUAACAUGUUUCAACUAGUUCUCCCAGACCUCAAGAAGAGGUCCGGUCAGGCUCCUGUUUGAUGGGCAAUCUGGGACACAUCAAAUCCACGGAGGAACGGGACGGGUCACUGAAGUGGUCCACAUCGCCACAAAUUUCAUGCGACUGCAGAUGAUACUAGAAGUUGUUUCGCAAGUGCGGUUUGGCCAGUGGAAGGCAGUUGUUGGUCGGGUUUAUGUUGGGUUACGGUUACAUGUUCAACGGUUGUUCUCAUUUUUUUUUGUCUACGAUGUUUCUGUAGCGGGUGGGUGCUUGAGCUGCUUGAGGUGUCACCAUGUGACGAUGAUGGCAAUGCUCCCUGCAUAUGUCCCCGGAUCUUGGAAGGAGCGCUCCUUUCGAAGCGAGAUGAGGCACCAACACCCAGGUGGGAGACGUUCGUGAGGUGGGCGCAACUCAUGAGAGCUUGAAGCUGGGCAGCCCCAGGGGCGGAAGCCUCUCUGAAUGGCAUGCCGGUUCUCCUGAUCUCUCCUUGAGUCAGGACAGUGAAGCUGGGCACAUGUUUAAACAUGCAUGUUUAAAAGACACGCCUAGCUCUCAACAAGGUCGCCCGAAAUGGCCAGGUCCAGAUGCCAAAUCGGCCAACGUAGUCAGGUCGCGUCUCUUCACGUUUGCCAGAGCUGAGCCACACAGGCGUGGAAACGACCGGUUCGGGGCCAAUUUGGGGGCAUUAAACUUGCGAAGGAGUCCUGCACAGAAACGAAUCACCUGAUCCAAAACGACUCCAG